UCAAUCGUAUUGAGAACGUGGUAGGAUGCAGACAUCGGCCGUCCGUGGUCCGCAGCAUCAUCAGUAGCAGCAGCAGCAGCAGCAGCAGCAGCAGCAGCAGCAGUACGGGCACAGUCGCGUCGUUACGCACUGAGCGUUACAACGCCCUCUCUCACUUUCUAGAUUUUAAAGUGCAAAAGUGUCCAAAUUUCUGCGUGCACGCGAGUGUGCGUUUCUGUGCGCAAGUGUGUCCAGCGCGUGUGACACAAACUAACGAUAGUGAUAGUGUGGCGUCCAACUCUAUACUCUCACCAGUGUUGAUUGCUUUUUUGUGUUUGAAACAAUCCCAACAAAAAAAAGUGUCAAAACUCUCCUAUCCGAACAUCGAGAAAACUCAGCAGCAGCAGCGAUGGCGACGCUGCUGUACACGAUCAUCGGCAUGACGGCUUCGGCCUCGCUGAACUGUGCGGUGCGGCGCGAAAUAUCGCCCUGCACCUGUUCGCCCGGUCUGUUCGCGAACAACAUCGACGUGAAGUGCGAGCAGAUGGAGUCGUUCGGGCAGGUAGUGAACGCGCUGCAGGACCGCUUCACCGAGGAUCACAACAUCUGGCUGACGAUUUCCCACUCGCAGCUGCUCGAUCUGGCCGCGCUUUCGUUCUGGGAGAUGAACAUGAACAUCAAAUCGCUGCGGAUAAACUUUGACAAUCUGAGUCAUCUUCCGGUAUCCUCGUUCCGUAACUUACCCCGGCUCGAUCUGUUCAGCGCAGCGGACAACCUGCUCGAGGAGAUACCGCCGGACAUGUUCGAGCAGAUGCCGAACCUCGGCACGCUGGAUAUGGCCCGCAGCCGCAUCCGCUACAUCUCCGGCGACACGUUCCGGCAUCUGCAGAACCUGCGCCAUCUGAUCAUGGGCAACAAUCAGCUGCAGCGCAUCGAUACGGACGCACUGCCGAAAACGAUUCACUCGCUGCAGCUCAGCGUGAACCAGCUGCGCUCGCUGAACGGCAGCAUCCGCCAUCUGGACGAGCUGAAGCUGCUGUUCAUCAACGAGAACAAUCUGACCACGCUGGACGGUGAGCUGCCGCUCGGAUCGCCGAAUCUGAUGAUGAUCACCGCCCAGAACAAUCAGCUCGAGCAGCUGCCGGGCGAGUUGCGCUUUCUGAAGAAUCUCGACAACCUGUGCGUCCCCGGCAAUCGGCUCCGGUCGCUCGAUGGACUGCUGGCCCGCGCCACCCAUCUGACGAAGCUGCUCGCCCAGGACAACCAGAUCAGUGAGCUGCGGCGGGACGAGUUUCUCGAAGCGGAACGGCUGGAGGAGUUGAAUCUGGCGGGCAAUUGGCUGGUUAACCUGAACGGCUCGCUGCUCAACUGCAAGGGACUGAUCAAUGCGAACUUUAGCGAGAAUCGGCUGCAGGAGUUUUCGCUCCAGGAGGUGGUCGGUUUGCGCAAGCUGCGGCUGCUCGACCUGUCCCACAAUCGGAUCGAGGUGCUGAGCGGCCGGAUGGAGAACAUGAUCGAUUCGGGGCUGAUCAUUUCCGAGCUGCGGCUGAACAACAACCGGCUCAGGUCGCUGGACGGCGCACUGAUGGGGCUGAACAAUCUGCGCAUUCUGAACGUUGCCCACAACGAGCUGCAGACGAUCACGCCGAACGACCUGAUCGGGAUGGAGGAGCUGGAGCGGCUGGAUCUGUCAUUCAAUCAGCUCAAGACAUUGGAGGAACUGUCCAAGACGUUCCUGCCCUCGCUGGAGUCACUGAAUGCGUCCUACAACCAGCUCACGACGAUGCACAAGGACUUCCACGGUUUGCCGAUCCUGUGCGUGGCCGACCUUUCGAAGAACAUGAUCCGGGAGUUGUCGGUGGAUCUUGUCUCCAACACGCGCUGCAGUAAUCAUGGAGUGCCCAAUCGAUUGGAGAUAUUCCUCGAUGAAAAUCCCGUCCUCUGCAACGAAUCGCUCCCGGAGCUGAUCAACCAGAUGGAGUUCUACCACACCCGCCUGAACGGGGUGGCCCACUGUAUCGUCCCGCAGCAGAUGCCGGUCGAGACGCCGAUCUUUAUCCAGCCGCCGAUCGCGAUGCUCCAGCCACUCCUCAAACCGCAGGCUCCGCUCGUACCCUCGAACGUCAUGAUCCAGCCACCAUCAAUUGUGCAGAUUCUCGUCCCGUCGACGCUUGUCAUGCCGGCGGCAGCCGCAGUUGCACCACCGCCACCACCACCAGCAGCCGCGGUACCGGUAGUACCUUCCGCUUCUGUCCCGCUUGCAGCUCCGAUUCUUCCUCCAGGCGUUCCUCUAGCGCUCGCUACCGUCGCACCCAUACCGAUCCUGUACGAAGCUUCGACCAGUGCACCACCACCACCUCCACCGCCAGUGUCCGUUGUGGCGGCUCAUCCACCGAUCGGUUCCGCUGGUGUAGUUAGCGUGGCAGCGUCCCCUUCCACCAACGGUCCGUUAUCAUCGCUCCCAAACACCAUCCAGAAGACGCACGCUACCGACGACGAGCUGCUACCCCCCAACGAGGAUGAACUAGACGACGAACCGGGCGUGAGUGUGCUCACCAUCCCGCAGCAGCAACCGUACGAUGAGCUCAAGUACGAAACUGGCCCGGAACAGCACGAUCGGGCCGGCGGAGCUUCACAAAAUCGCGACGAAAACAACGAUGUCGGACGUUCGGCAGCGGGCGGGUCCGAGGAUGGCAGCGCGUCGGACAGUGGACACGACGGAUCGCCCACUGUCCCGACUACCACCACCACCACCAUGCAGACCAUCCUGGAGUUUAAGAACCUGAUCCACGACGAUGGCAGCUACGGCGGGGCGGGAUUGGCUUCCUCGUCCGCCAUUUUGGUGCUGCCGCCGGAGGUGCUGCCGCUGCCGCUGGACAAAGCGCAAGGGCUGGCGACGGAACCGGAGGAGGAGCCGCCGGAAACGCAGCAAGACCAGCACGUGGAGCUGGAAAGUGAUCUGCAGUGAGGUGGAUGGGAGGCACUGGUGCGGUAAGGCAGGCACAGGCAGAGUACACGCAAAAGGAGCACGUGUUGCGAGCGCGUGCUUUACUGUGACGAAGAUGGCGCGCUGCGCGUCCAAAAUGGCGACGAUCAUUCGAUCAGUGGCGGCGCGAGAGCGAGAUAGAGAGAGAUAGAAAGAGAGCAUGUGGUAGUUUUGGAGUGUGCGUUUGAGUGUGUGUGAGUGUUUUAGGGCUAUCUAGGGCCAGGGCUGUUUAGCUUAGGAUGAUAAUGACUGAACGAUUUCUGGCGGUAGAGAGAGAGAGCGAGAGAGAGAGAGAAACAGAGUUAUACUAGAGAUCGAACUCGAUCUCGAGAUGGACACGAACACUUGACAGUAACGACGAUAGAGGGAGGAAAAGAGAGGGAGAGAGAUUUCGCAAAGAGUUCGUUUUUUUUUAAUCUCUCCAAUUUUUUGUUUGUUGCGCAUUGUAGAUGAUGAAGGCAAUUUUAAAUUAUUCAAAUGCCGUUCUUCACGACCCAAAGGAAUUCUUGUGUAGUAAAAUGUGUGAGUGUGUGUUUGUGCAUGCGUGCGUGUGAUGGUGAAUGUGUGCGAGUGAAUGUGUGGUGUGUAUGAAUUAGUCAGUAUCGUGUGGUGGAGAGUAACGAACUAUCAUGUAGCAGCUUAAGUAAUACGACGCUUGAAAUUGUCCUCUGCGUAUGUGUGUGAGUGUGGGUGUGUGUAAGCGUAUUAUCCCUUUCAAAACAAAACUAGCGAAGAAGCAGCUGCGACCGAUACGGUGACAUUUGACCUGUGCUUGGAGUCGCAUGCUGUUUCGCAAUAUGUUGUUAACGUGCCAUCUGAUUGCAUACAGAUUUAAGCCAAACUGUCCUAAUGAGUAGGUUAAUUCAACUAUAUUCCUCUUUUCACGCUAAUUUUCAUCUUUGCAUCCCAUUCAGUUGGCAUGACUUAAAAAUUGAGCUUGCUUCGGUUAGAGGACAGACAGUGGUGUAGGGAAAUACGAUCUUUUUUCCUUUUUUUUUUUAGCUUGUUCUAAAACGGUUUUAGCGACUUCCCAUGGCAAAAAGUAGUGAAUGAUAAAGCCAG